UAAAAAAAUGGUCAGACUAAGUCGUCAAGUGUCACAUUUGAUUAUUUUGACAAUACAAUUUGAAAAUUUUCGUUUAUAAUAAACAGAACCACUCAACUGAAAUUCACACAAAUAAGAUGAAUCCGGAUGACAGGUAUAGACCACCAUAUCCGUCAAAAUCACCAACUCCAACGCGAGAAACCGAAGCCACUGGUACCAGCAGAACCCAUAUUUAUUUAGACGAUGAAACUCUUCAUCGUAUGAUUGAAUCUUUUGGUCCAAUUGAAUAUUCGCAAUUCGCUGCUACGGUUAGUUCUCCUGAAGGUUUUGCCAACUUAAGCGAUCAAGAUCCUUGGCAAUUGGAACAACAAUGGAGUGGACAGGAAUCUACAAGUAGGAGAAAAUCAAGAUCUCCUCGGGAUGCUUCUUACAAUACAGAUCAGAAUUAUUUACUGAGUCAGUCGCAGAUUUCAGAAGAAUCUAACAUUCAAGCAGCUGAAGCUCAACACGAAUCUUUGAUUGAAUGGUUUGAUCGUUCGGUUGAAAAAGAGUUACGAAAACGUAGAGACUCAGGGGGACCAAGUACCAGCCCGCUCGAUCCAGCAAUGGCUCCUCUGAAAGCAAAACAUGCUUUAAAUCUGUCAAAAGGCACAGCAGAACGAAUGGCUGAAACUAGUGCUAGUCGUGUCGAAAUUGCAGCAAGACUAGAAACCGAUUUUACCACCGAACUGACAGAUGCUGUGGAAAAGUUUGCGAAAGCUGAAUCGAUGUCUCACUAUGCAGAGGCGUUGCAAGCGGCUGAAGAAGCCGCACAAAAUGCCCCUCCGGAGUUGAUGGAACAAGCAGCAGCGGCCGAAGCUAGAAGGAUUCAAACGCAGUUGUCGAAGGUUAAGGAAACUAUACCUGGGGUGCGGCCGAUUGAGGUUGUUGGGUAUGUGGGGAUUACGAAGCCCUAUCAUCCGAAGAAACCACACUGAAUGUUAAAUGUUUUUAAUGAAUUUGGGCAAAAUGCCUUCUGCCACUUUUUUUUUCUUUUAUUAUUAUAUUAGACCAAUAAUAUAUUAUUUGUAUUAA